UCUUGCAGGCAGCCUGGGUCAGCCGCACCUGGCCGGGCUCUCCUGUCCAUACGCCUGGCUGUUGAUGGGAAUGUCCCUGUGGGAAUGGCCAGCCCAUGAGUGGACACAACAGUACAUUCCCAGGGACUCCUGGUUUGCCAGGGUCUCUACUCUGUCUCACUGUCGGUCACUUUAUAUAUCCUUGCCCCAACAGAGAGCCUGGUGAGAGGCCCUUUGCCUGCAGCUGGCAGGAGUGCAACAAGAAGUUCGCGCGCUCCGACGAGCUGGCCCGACACUAUCGCACGCACACGGGCGAGAAGAAGUUCAGCUGCCCCAUCUGCGAGAAGCGCUUCAUGCGGAGCGACCACCUGACGAAGCACGCACGCCGCCACGCCAACUUCCAUCCCGGCAUGCUGCAGCGGCGUGGCGGGGGCUCGAGGACCGGCUCGCUCAGCGACUACAGCCGCUCGGAUGCCAGCAGCCCCACCAUCAGCCCGGCCAGCUCACCCUGAGCACCCGCACCCGGACCGCGCCUCCUCGCCCCUUUGGUAAUAGGAAAGCUGAGCGAACUUGAGAAGUCCACAGCAAAACAGUUUUCUUCACCUCAGGUGUCAAUUUUUAAC